AUGAAGAGGGACCCCUGGUUGUUCAGAUUUUGGGAUGUCAACCAGAAUUUCUUCUUCCUACAGAACAACGUACUAAUAGCAGCCCCACAAACCUCCAAUUCAUCAGAUGAGUUAAUGGUUGUACUCCCGAACCACUCUCUAGAUCAAAAAAAGCGACCUAUAUUUAUUGGCCUCAGAGAUAAGAGCUACACCCUGUUCUGUGUGAAGCCUGGUGAAGGCCAACCUCAACUAAAGUUAGAGGAGAGAGAAAUUCGUCAGCUUUAUGCAAAAAACGAGGAAUUCAAGAGCUUCACCUUCUACAGCAAAACUGAUGGCAGCGAAGAGACAUGCUCUUUACAGUCUGCAGAGUUCCCAGAUUGGUUCAUAAGCACUUCACAUGAGCCAAACAAACCUGUUGGUUUGAGUAAGCGAGGAGGGUCUGCAAAUACUCUGUUUUAUUUUGAAAUAAAAUAA